CUUUUCUCAUGCGAACAGCCGACCUCAUUCAUCUCUUGCGAAGCCAUGAGAGAUCUCUCCCAUCCACCUAUGCUCUCCUUGCUUCCCUUGGCGUCACAAGGAGACUUCACCUUCUAGGUGAACUCUCCAAUUGGCUUCUGGUAGAGCUACAAAAAUAUCAUGGUCGACAGCAGCAGCAACGGUUAGAGAUCGACCAUGAUAGGAAUCAUCACAACAAUAAGGGCAACAGUUACUAUGCUUCUACUGCUUCUACAAUCUCAGUUACACCCUCUGAGACACCGCAGCAACGCUCCAUACGCAGCCAGAUCAAACACACUUUAUUGGGCAUUCAGAUCUUGCUCGACACUGCGGACGAAAAUGUCACAAAUAACAAUAAUAAUAAUAAUGUCAGUAGUAGUGGUAACAGUAGCAAUGAUACACUCAAGACAUUAUUACCUCUCGACGAGAAGCAGAAGACUCAGAUUUUUGCCAGUUUUUUGAAACCUAUUUUAAUCGGUACGAUGCCUCUCGGUGGCCCCAACAUUGAUACAACGGACGUACAGUUGCUUUGCGCAAAGAUUCUCUCAUUCUGUACUCACCCCAACAACAACGCUAGUAAUCCUACCGCGGUCGUUACUCCCUUACCAACCUCAAAUGCAUUAUGUCCGCCAUACACGUUCGCGAUGCGGUUAAUGACAUACGAAUCUCCUGCAGCCCCAGGGAACGACGACAUCUCAAUAAAGUCAACGGCCCCACAACAGCUGGCUGUUAGUGGUAUCAUGGGGCUUUCAGCAUUACUGGGGUCACCUCUGGUCAAACUGCAGGAAUAUGGACUUCGCAUCUUGACCUCGUAUCGAUCCUUAGUGCAAUUAGAUGCAACUUGGGAAAUGCUGGAUCCUCUGAAACGCGUCUUGGAAAGGCUCGAGCACAACUUGGCUUCUUCUUUAUCGACUGAUCUACUAGAGUUGAGUCCUGAAAAGGACCCCAACGACGAUAAUAAAGAUCAGGACAAAGACAAGAACAAGGACAAUGAUGGUGGUAAACAAACCACAUCAUCAUUAGCCUCAGCAAAAACAAAAACAAAAACAACAACCCAGGAGCUGGAGAUGGCAAUCAACACCCAAGCUAAAGCCCUCAGCCUCCUCCAAUGGUUCUUUCAGGAAGCUGAAGGGGACCUACUUGCCAAGAAACCUACAGACCAUACGGUCAAUCGCACCACAGCUCCAACAAUGAGUGAUAGUACUACCACUAUUACUACUACCGCUGCUAUGACUGCUAGUGUUACUAAAGUGGAGAAAUUAAAGGAUGCAGCGCUCCCAGAAUUGUUGAUUGAUAUCUGGGAAACCAUCCAACACAUUGUGCUGUUUAAUAAUCGGUCCAUAGAGCGACUCGUGCUCACUGUCAGCGCUUCCAUCUACUGGUUAUGCUGGGUUUUUCGGAAUGACACCACAGUGAUGACUUAUGUGAUGACGGAACGUGCAGACACAUUGAUGGCAUGGUUCGGGUAUUACGUCGUCCCACACGACUGUGAAACCAACGCUCUGUCAGCAAUACCUGCCUCUGCUUCUUUAACGACAUCCUUGACGAUGAAGGAAGAUAAUCCUAAUCCUUCUCGUAAAACACAAAGCAAGGACAUGGGCAAAGGCAGCGACAAAGACAAGCACGAAAAUUCCCAAAGAGAUAGCAUCAUUCUUGAAUAUCUCACAAAACUCAUACGGAACAUGGUCACGUUAAAAAAAUAUCAUUCACUAUUAUUCUCUGGAAAACGACCUAUCGGGAUUACGAUCAUGCGAAGAACGAUCGAGUUUCUGGAAGGGAUCCUUGAUUCAACCCCUUUACCACUUCAUGACCGAUCACCAUCUCAUCCCCAUUCGCUACCUAACCCUCCUUUUGAUCAGGAUGCUAUUGCUAAUACAAUUACCGCAACUAUCCGAGGAGAUUCAACAGAAGGAACAGUGUCUUAUUCUGUCAGGAUGAUCCAGCUGCGGCCCGUAGUACUGGAGGCUAUGCUUAUGAUUUUGCUUGGAUCCAUUAACGGGUCUUCUGAAGGCACGGAUUUAGUCUUCCUUCACAUUCAAAAUUUGAUCCAUGUCUGGCUGUUGUUACUCUUGGACCUCAAGGACCUCUUUGGGGUCCAGUACCCUUCCUCAGCCCAGGCAAGUCUGAAAAAAAUUAGAGAGCUCUCAUUGACUUUGUUAUCAAUGGUAUUGACGAAGGGACAUGAGAGACCCACUCUUUUUAGACAAGGAAUCAUGGCAGAUGUACCCAUGUCACAUUGGACACUUGGAUAUGAGGCACUUGUAGAGAUCAUCAUGCAGCCACUUGAAUUUGAAAUGAGCAGAGCAGAGACUUCAGAAACAACCUCAGCUAUAGCAGAAGAAGCGGAUGAAAUGGGUAUGAAAGCAUUGAAAGUGUUUAUGUUAUUCUGGAAGAUUCAUCCAAAGGCUCGCAAUACAUUAGCGGAUUUGUUGGGACCUCGGCUUCAUCAAUUAAAGAUGGUACCCAUUUUAGUAUGCCUCCCAAAGGACAGUAAUAAGGGAAAUGGCGGUCAAUUGCGCGGACGCGAUUCCGACAACAAUGAAAAUAGCAAAAGUACUGACAGCGGAUGGAGGAAGGAACGAGCGAUGUUAUUGCUAGAGACCAUUGUUUCCUUUGGAUCCGAGUCAAGUGUGCGAAUCAAGAUGCGGGAGGCCUGGUCAUCAUUGGCGUUCCUAGUAAGCUUGCUAGGCGCAAGCAUGCGACGCCUUGCAUGGGCCCAGUACAGCCCCAGAGAAAAGCUACCUAGGGUCAUUGCUAUGAAAUGUUUUAUGGCUUUGCGACACUUUUGGUAUGACCAUGUGGGUCUUCGACAAUUGAUCGAUCUACAAAUUUCUCCACAUCUACAACAACAGCCACAUAAUGAUCGAGUUGGGAAUGAACCUGGCGAUAGUGAGGAUGGCGAUUAUUUGGAGCUUUGGAGGAAGUUGAUGCCGUCAGAUGUGGCAGCUGAAUACCAAACCACAAAAACCGACGCAGUCGCAGGAACAGCAGUAGGAACAUUGCCUUCACCAUCCAUCGUUCCAGUCUUACUCUCCAUAUUAGCACCGCCAGGUACAGAAUGGACAAGUGAUUUUAUGCUUAGCUUAGCUCUCUCAGUUCCAGGCGAUGACCCAGAGGUUAUAAGGAUUAGGAAGAAUAAGAUUAAGAGAAGGGUACGACAUCCGUUAUUUGAGCAGCGAGAUCCUAUAUUGGCGGAAGCGGCGUUGAUCUUAGUUCCACUUUCGCAGUUUUUGGAAUGCCAACGACGACUUGUCUCAAAACCAGGGGCUAUCUGGAUGUUGGCCCGAUUAAUGGUUGAGCGGUCGCUUAUUGGACAUUUGGGAGAUCCCAACCAGGCUCGCCAUCGACUCAAAGUUGAUAUUCAUCAUCCUCCUGGGAAUACGACGAUAAGUGUUGAUACUGCUGAUGAAAACCCACAGACUCUGAUGGAGAAGGCGCUCUUUAGAGCACUUUCAUCUAUCUUUUCAAACCGUGAUCUAGCCAAGGAGCUUGUCUCGAAUAAUACUAUUACUGAAGCCUUUGCAGCCAUCAUGGAGAUGGAUCGGCCUUUGAGGUUUUAUGCGAGGAAAAUGAAAUUUGAAGAUGGCAUGACUGCUGAUACUGAGGCCGUGGUUACGGAUACCGAAGAAAAAACAAAACAAGGAGUGGAGGACACGACGUCGAGUACUUUUGGUGAAAGCAGGGAUAGCAGCAAUAAUAGCAGCAACGGCCACCGUGAUGAUGACCAUAGCAACUUUGCACCCAGCAAAGAAGAGCAUCACAUCCACGAUCGUGGCUUGAUUCUUAAUACCACUUUUACUUCUGCCAUCAAUACUACUAUGGUUACUAUUCCUACUGGUGCUAUGGCUCCUACGGAGCAAAUUCAACCCCGCAUGCUCCCUACACCUCAUCACUAUUUGUUUCACCAACAGCUUCUGGAAGUCCUCCAGACAAUCAUGGAGCCGUCCUUAGUUCAAUUCGAGCGGAUCUAUCAGUACAUUGGCGGGAACCGUUCACUUCAAGAACCGGAUGAAACUGCGGAAUCAUUCUAUUGGAUGCGUGAGUACUGUGCACUCAUCCUUUUUUAUCUUUCUGAUCGAGAUCGACCCUUGUCUCGUCCAGGUCAUCAUCCCUCUAUACUAUUCCAAAGACCAAAGCCAAUGACGACUACUACAGACGACAAGACAACGUAUCUGAAAACAGAAUCCAUUUUAGGGAUCAUAGGCAGGAUGUUGACAUUAGAGAUGGACUAUGAGGAUGAACAUAAAGAAGGAGAGGAAGAAGAAGGUAGAACAAGAAAUGAAGGUACUAUCGGAAGGGAUAAUGGUCUGCUUCAAGACACCAGAACAACAGCUACCGGUAACGAUAACAGCAAUAGCCAUAGUAAGGAGAAGGAUUUGAUCAGUGCUCAAAAAGAAGAAGCACUCUUGAGACGACUCAGUGCAGGGUUAGCGAUCCAGUCUGUCUGCUGGAAGCACUGGGAUAAAUGGCGACAACAGCAUCAGAACUUUGUACAAUCUUAUAAAACAGUGACGACAACCGAAUGGAAGGCGCAUGUGGCUAUUCUGAAUGGCUCUGAUAAUAACAAUGGUACCAACAGCAACGGCAAUAAGCCCAACAGCCUUGAUACUCCAGUUCAGAUCAAGUUUCUGAUCCAAGGUCAUGUUAUAUCCUUUCCAGAUCGUUAUCUCCUCUCGCGAGCCUCCAUGUUCUUUCACACAUUGCUAGUUGGAGAUUUUAUGGAGGCCACUCAACAGCAUAUUACCUUACAUGAUACGGACCCGGAUGUGUUCCAGAUGUUGUUGGAGGUUAUACAAGAGUCUCAAAUGACGGCGCAGCACUUGCUUCCUGAGGAUUUACCGUUCCAGUUAGUGGUGCAACUGAUGGUAUGUGCAGAACGGUAUAUGGUGGUCUUUGUAAGGCGGUUAGCAGAGGCUUGGAUCUUGAAGACAUUAAGCCGUAAAGAGUUGCAAUAUUAUGAUAUGGAUGGUCAUAACAACUCUCCUGUAGAACAGGACGAAGAAGAAGAGAUGACAAGGAAACAGAUUAAAACUGUAGCAGACAGUGAGAUGACCGUAGAUCGGGUGGACAUUUCGUCGAAAAUAGAUACAACCAACAAGCAUGAUCGUGAAUCGAGUCCACAGAGUGGUGGAUCGCAACGGACGGAUAAGCGACAAAAGCUAGAGAAGACUCGAGACAGAAAUGAGGAACCUCAGGAUGUUGAAGAUAUAAUAACGGACAGCAAUGAUAUCGAAGACGAGGACAAGGAUGAGGAGGAUGAAUCUCUUCAAGAAUGUCUUUUGAUGGUCUAUGAGGCCUGCUCAGACCUUCCACUCCAAUGCAGUCUUUCCUCCCCGUCUCAUCCAUUCCAUGGCCUAGUCUGGGACUCGCUCAAGCGCAUGGUCCUUCGUUUAGGGUCCGUUGCGAUCACUCCACGGUUUGCGGCCAUGCUCAACACAGGAGAUGAGGAACGGAUCGAACAGUUUUUGCAUAUUAUAUUCAAUCUGAUGAUGGAUCAGAUUCCCUACUUCCCAAAUAUAACAGUAUAGAUGCAAAGAAUUCGAGGCCAUGAUCUUCUUUGAGCACGCUCACUUCAGUUUAUGCAAAUAACUAGAACUAUUUAAGCUACUAUCAUUUACUUGAAAUAUAAGGG